UGUUCCAUUCUUCACAAAAUAGUUAAACAGAAAAGUAGUUUAUAGAAAGUAGGAUUGAAGGGUGGGAGCUAUCUCAGGCGUGUUUCUGACAUGGCGCUACGGAGCUAAUAAGCUUGUAUUAAUCAGUAUUAGAUUUAAUGUUUAGGCUAUGAAUUGAUUUCAUCUGGUUUGAAAUGGAAAGGAAAAAAGAAAAAUGAAUUUCUAUAAACAUGGCAUGAUCUUCGCUACUUUCUUGGGCUCAUGUCUCUGUAUUGGUUUGUUGGCUGCUGCCCUCGGCACAAAAUAUUGGACGAUAUCUAGUGCUGUUAACUUAAAAUCUCCGAAGUCAGAUGGAAAAAUUCAUUUUGGAUUAUUUCGUGGCGAAAAGAAUCUCAAUGUUGGUAUCGGGUGGAGAGCUCAGCGAUUUGAAGUUCCAAAAGACAUUGAAGGAAUGAUAUAUGCUGUCUGGUUUGGAACAGUUGUUUGUAUGGCUCUUGGGAUAUUAUUUUCUGCAACUGCUGCAAUCUUUGCUGUUAUAAAUACUGCUUCCACACCAAUUUCUUUUUUAACUGGAAUUUCUGGACUUUAUAUUUGGAAUUGCCUAGCAAUUACAUUCCAAGGUAGUGCAUUGGGACUUUGGUUACUCCAGUAUUAUAAGAGACUGAGGUAUAAUGUUAUGAGUGCUGAAGAUAGAACUGAUUUUUCUUGGACGUCAGAAGGAAAAACUGACUUGGGGUUUUCUUUUUGGCUAGUUGUUGCUGCAGUGAUUGUACAGUUUGUGAACAUAAUUUUCAUUUUUUCUGGUACAAAAGAAAUGAGGCUUAAGAAAAAUGUUAAACCAAUAAUUGAAGAAAAGGGAAACGGAGCUAUUAUGUUGUACUAGUGCCUAAACUAACAGUCAGUUAUAAAAAACACACUUAUUUAUUGUACAUAAUUUAUUUUUAAUAUAUUUUUACACUUGU